GGUACGCCUGCGCGGUGGAAGUGUAGCCAGAAGGCACUGGGGGCCGCGUGUCCCUGGCAUAAGGGUGAGGGUCGAGAGCAGCCUUUCUGGGCCACGGGUUCGAGCCCCACUCGGGUGGCCAGAGCGAGUCGGCGGCCCCGAGGCCAGCGAGGAGGUGGGGACGAUGGAAGAGGAAGAGGGGACAGCUAGGAGAGACCCUCCUGCCGAGCCUGUGAAGGUGAGGGGGGAGAUGCAGGAGGCAGAGGACCCCCCGGAUGGUGCCGGGACCCCCGAGGAGGCCCCCGGCGGCCCAGGCAUGUACCGCUACAUCAAGGACGACCUGUUCACCUCCGAGAUCUACAAGGUGGAGAUCCAGAACGUGCCCCGCUACGUGGGCUUCAAUGAUGUGAAGAAGUUUCUGGCCAAGUACGGCCUGCACCCCCACAAGACCAAGCUCUUCGGGAAGCAGACUUUCGCCUUCGUGACCUUCAAGAGCGAGGAGGAGCGGGACAAGGCCAUGAAGGUGCUCCACGGGGCGCUGUGGAAGGGCCGCUGCCUAAGCAUCAGGCUGGCCAAGCCCAAAGCCGACCCCAUGGCCAAGAAGAGGAAGAGGGAGGGAGAAGAUGGGGGGCAGGGCGAGGCCAAGCGGCCAGUCCAGGGGGCAGUGGUGGCUGCAGCGGCCUCCUCCGCCGAGGAGCCCAUGGCCAAGCAGAUCGCCGACGUGGUCACCCCCCUCUGGACCCUCCCCUACGAGGAGCAGCUGGAAAAGAAGCAGCAGGAGUGUGAGCAGGUCCUGCAGAAACUGACCAAGGAGAUUGGGAACAACAACCGUGCCCUGCUGCCCUGGCUGUUUGUGCAAAAGCAGAAAUUCAACAGGAUCUGCUGCCCCCUGGAAGGUGUCAAGGCGUCCCCGCUUCAGACUGAAUACCGCAACAAGUGUGAGUUCCUGAUUGGCGUGGGCGUGGACCAAGCAGAUAAGACGGUGGGCUGCCGCCUGGGCAAGUACAAGGGCGGCACGUGUGCAGUGGUGGAGCCCUUUGACACCAUCCACAUCCCGUCAGGCACCAAGCAUGUGGUCCGGGCUUUCCAGGAGUAUAUUCGGUCGACCCCCUACUCUGUGUAUAGCCCGGAGACGUACGAGGGGCACUGGCGGCAGCUCACGGUGCGCACCAGCCGCAGUGGGGAGAUCAUGGCAAUCGUCUACUUCCACCCCCAGAAACUCAGUAAAGAAGAACUGGUGGGACUGAAAGCCUCCCUCGGUCAGCACUUCACGGAGGAUCCCGGCCGGCUCAGUGGGGUGACCUCUCUCUACUUCGUGGAGGAGGGGCAGAGAAAGUCUCCCAACAGAGAGGACCUGCCCUUGGAGCACAUCGCCGGAGAGAAGUACAUACACGAGGAGCUUCUGGGGCUCAAGUUCCGGAUUUCCCCUCAUGCAUUUUUCCAGGUGAACACGCCAGCCGCCGAGGUCCUCUACACAACCAUUCAGGACUGGGCGCAGCUGGACAGGGAAAGCACAGUGCUGGAUGUCUGCUGCGGGACCGGCACCAUCAGCCUCUCCCUGGCCCAGAAAGUGAAGAAAGUAAUUGGCAUUGAGCUGUGCCAAGAAGCUGUGGAAGAUGCCCGAGUGAAUGCCAAGAUUAAUGCCCUGGACAACAUCGAGUUUCAUUGUGGCAAGGCUGAGGACCUGGUCCCCUCCCUGAUGAGUUCCUUGGCCUCGCAGAAGCUGACCGCCAUCGUGGAUCCACCCCGAGCAGGGCUGCACUCCAAAGUCAUCCUGGCUAUCCGGAGAGCUGAGCACCUGAAAAAACUCCUCUAUGUCUCCUGCAAUCCCCGGGCAGCCAUGAGCAACUUUGUGGAUCUUUGUCGAGCCCCCUCCAACAGGGUGAAGGGCUCUCCCUUCCGCCCAGUCCGGGCCGUGGCCGUGGACCUGUUCCCACAGACCCCGCACUGUGAGAUGCUGAUUUUGUUCGAGAGGGUGGAUCAUCCCAAUGGCCCGUCAGAUGCUGCCACGGGGGGCUCUUCCCCAGAGAGCACGCCUCCCCUCCCCCUUCCCCCCAUUGCUGGGGGGGCCCAGGCAGAGGACUGUCCAGACACUCCUGAGGCUUCUCCCAGUGACCGGCACAGAAGCCCAGACCCCCUCCCCGCAGCGGCCUCUGAUACAUAGCAAACUCCAUUGGGGACCCCUCCCACACGCCCCCACUGGGACCAGGAAAGGCCGUGGAGCCCAUCCCACGGGCGGCACGGCCACCCAAGACGGGGAUGAGGCCAGAGGGGUGGGGUGGGGGCCGGGCAGUCACCCCACGAAGCAGCUGAAAUAAAUGGUUUUGGAGUUAACGCCUUU